GUGGGAGUCCAAGGGAACCUAUCAUCGACUGUCCAUUUGAUACAAACUUGGGGGUACGCAACGUUUUAUCGCAAUCCUAUGAUCAUCUGUCGCCUUGAUGAGUCACCGGUAUCGGCCCACUAUCCUAUUCUUACAUCCCCCGCAUCUUCGUUAUCGCGAGGUUCACAAUACAAGCUGUCGUAUAUACCUCAAAGGUUAGCAUUGUAAUACCAGGCUUUAACACCGUCUAUUCAUUUGUGAACUUCGAGCUGCUUGCUAAAUAGUAGACGUUCAUAACUUCAUUCUCACUCAUUCACUACCGCUUAGACUAAGACAUGGACUUGGAUGUGCACGCGCUUCUAUCAGGUUACCAGCAUCUCGCGUUUCCCGACCUUUCUGAUAGCCGCGUUCAUGAUCGUUCUACUACCUACCUCAAGUCAGCAUCUCUCGACUUGAUGGCUUUCCAGGAGUGCGGUAUAGACAUACCAGGAUCCGCUGCCCUACUCCUUGCCUCGUUUUGUAACAUAUUGGGCUUGUACUGUGCAUCCUCGGACAUCUUGGUCGGGAUUCUAUCAGCAGGCACAAUUCUCCCCUGUCGUUUCUGUUGGAGUGCCGAAACGGUUUGGGGAGAUCUAGUGGAUGAGGCUCGUCAUUCACUGGAUAGAAUCGCGGGUCCAAAUAUCACAGAGUCUGAGUUGAAGACUGAGCUCGGCUUGAAUGAGGACCAAUCACCGUUUACUGCUCUCUUCGUCCUUGAUGACUCUCGACCAGAGAACGCAUACAUCCCCGACGACCUUCUUGGAUCUCCUUUGCUUUUGUUCAAUCCUUCGGCAGCUUUGUUGUCUGUCUGGACAUCAUCGCACCUUGUACACCCUGCCGUAGCCGAUCAAUUACUUUCCCAGAUUGUGGUUUCGUCGGUGCACGCAGCUCAAAAUCCCAUCUCAAAGAUCUCGUCACCUCCUUCCUACCCGGCUAAUGUUGCGUCUGCUGUCCAGUGUCUUUCCUCUGAGGCUCGUGCGUCCGUUUACCAACAUAUCCGUCCUGUUACUAUUGCCACAGACUUCAUCCUCCCAUACGUCCAAGUCGAUCCCAAUGCCCUAGCAGUGUGUUGGUACCCUACUUUGGCAGCAGGACCUAGAGACAACCUCGUUCCCGAAACAUUGUCUUAUGGCGAUCUCCAUGUCCAAGCCAACAAACUAGGUCGAUACCUCAUAUCUCAGCAGUUGAAGCCCGAGGACAGGGUUGCUGUGUGCAUGGAUCGCAACACGCUGUUUCACAUAGUCUUGUUUGGAAUUUUGCGUGCCGGAGGUUGUUAUGUUCCGAUUGAUCCCGAGCUUCCGGACGAAAGGAAGUCAUACAUCGCAAAGGACUCGGGUGCUAGAUUUGUCAUUUUGGAGUCUCAUAGGCACUCUCCUGAGAUAUAUGGGGGCAAUGUCCUCGAUCUUGACGAUGAUCAUAUUUCGCGAGACAUACAGGCAAUGACUACAGCCGAUAUAGAUGUCGCACUUCCAAACAAUCUGGCGUAUAUGCUCUACACAUCUGGCACCACUGGCACUCCAAAAGGCUGUCUUCUCACCCAUGAAGGUCUUGCUGAAGCGAUACUAGCGUUAAGCUCCUUCUCCGCUGCUGUCCAUAUGGACAAUAUUCGGGAUGGAAGGUAUCUCGGCGUUGCCUCUGUUGCGUUUGAUGUACAUCUCUCAGAGACCCUUGUGUGCCUCUCUCUGGGCAUGUUGAUGAUUUCUGCGCCACGCGGAAUACUGCUGGAGAACCUUCCAUAUUAUAUCAGUCUUUUGGGCAUCACGCACGUUGGAAUCGUGCCCAGCCUGAUUGACGCGACCAUGGGCACUAUUCAAGAAGACGAAGCGAUGGGUGGCUCGAAGUUGCGAUUCAUCGGCAGUGGUGGAGAGAAAAUUAGCGACACAAUUCUAGAAAAGUGGGCGGAUCAUCCCAAAGUCAGACUUGCGAACUUCUACGGGCCCAGCGAGGUAACCAUAGGAUGUUGUGCUCGUUUUAUGGAUAGCAAUACACCCAAAGGCAACGUUGGACGAGCCUUCAGCAAUGUUGCGGCUUAUGUCGUUGAUCAACAUCUCGAUAUAUUGCCGCGGGGAGCUGUCGGAGAGCUCGUCGUUGGUGGCCCCCUUGUCGGGCGCGGUUACCAUGGACGUCCGGAUCUAACGGAUAAAGUAUUCAUUGAAUGGCCACAGAAAGGUUCUUGGGCAUAUCGCACAGGGGAUCUAGCGCGAAUGAUGCCUGAUGAUACAUUGGAAAUUAUUGGCAGAAUCGAUACUCAGAUCAAGCUACGCGGAGUGCGCAUCGAGGCGGAAGGGAUAUCCGCUGUGCUUCAGCGAGCUGCUCGGUCCUGCCUGCAGUUCAACAUUGAUGUUGGGACCAUUCUUGGGACCCAUCCGGAGAUUGGAGGUGGCAGCUCACCGCAGCUAGUCUCUUUCAUUUCCUGGGACACAGGUGUAUCAAUUACUACGAGACGGGGCGGUUCUAGGCCUGGACUAGUGAAGUCCGGAAGGGACCUGUUGCGCGUUUUGCGUGAUGCCUGUGAAAAGGAACUUGCCAGUUAUAUGCGUCCUGCCCAUAUAAUAGCCCUCAGUUGGCUUCCGCUCAGUGCUAACGGCAAAGCGGACAUCAAAGUCUUAGCUUCCAUCUUUUCAAGACUAGAUUUUAACGAACUGAUCGGACUUCAAGACCCUACUGGCCACGUUGACGACCCAGACAGCGAUAGCCCUGCUUCUGACCUCGAGGAACGGAUACUAGAGCUCUUGAGAGAAAGCUUUGCGAUUGCAAGUUCCGGUGGACCUGUCGGUGUGCACACUAGCUUAUUCGCGCUCGGAAUGGACUCAUUGUCACUUGCGCGGUUUGCAUCCAUACUCAGGAGGGCCUUCAAUAUCAAUAUCACAGUCGCAGAAAUCAUGAAGUCUCCCACCGUUCGGGGUCUGUCUACUCGAUUGGGAGAUAUCGUUGUUUCGCGACCAGGAGCAGAUGUACCGGAUAUCGACAACUUCUCGUCACUAUGGAUGCCAGAAAUUCGGAAGAAAAUGCCGCAUCUCAACAUAGAGCGUGUUCUUCCUUCUUAUCCUAUCCAAGAGGGUGUUCUGUUUCGUUCUGAGAGCGCGCCAACGAUGUGUGUGCAGCAUAUCGUGAUGCGAGUUCGAGAUGAUGUCUCUAUACCGCAAUUGCAUAGCGCCUGGGAGAAAGCAGUGGCAGAUAUCGAUAUUCUAAGGACUGUAUUUUUCUUUGGCAAGACCCUGGUCCAGGUGCUUUUGUCGCGUGCAACCUGUCACCUUCAUUGGGAGGAGUCUUCCGUUGCAGCGAGCGACGGUGAAACUUUUGCCAACCAUUUCUUUGAUGAAGAAGCCACGAGAGUUUCUGUGGAGAUCAACACCCUCAUCACUUCUGUACCGCCCGUUCGUCUUCGGCUCUACCACCAAUCCUACGGCACUUACAUUGUACUAUCCAUUCAUCACGCGUUGUUCGACGCUAUUUCUCUGCCUCGCAUACUGAAGUACGUCGAGGACGCAUAUCUUGACGGACCGCUUCAGAAUCUAACCCCUCCCAAUCAAAUAUUGGAACACACAACGUUUCGGGACCUGACUCCUGCUCGAGAGUAUUGGACGUCGAUUCUUCGUGAUUUUAACUGGUCUUACCGCAAUUUGAUGGAUGUGACCCAAUCAGCUUCUCCUAAACGGAUCUCCAUAACCCUUGAUACGCCGCUUUCAUACUUCCAACAAAUGCUUGCCCAUUGCCAAGUGACAUUGCAGGCCGCGUUGACUUGUACAUUUGCUUCGAUUCUCGCAAACCGUUUGUGCCUGUCCGACGACUUAAUCUUUGGGAUCAUUAGAUCGGGGAGGUUAGCACCUGUCGAGGGUAUGGGCGACGCCCUUAUCCCUCUGCUAUCUCUUGUCCCUAUGCGCGUCAACCUCAACAACCCUGAUUGUCUUCGUCAAGUCCAGGAUGACAUCAUUACUGCGAUUCCAUUCGAAAAUGUUCCUCUUGGGCAGGUGCAGAAAUGGGUUAGACCGGGUGCUGGUUUAUUCGACAUUCUUUUCUCGGUCAUGUACAAAGACGAGCCUGCGUACGAACUUUUUGAUGUCGUGCGGAGUGAAUUGCCUCAACCUGACUUCUUUCUGUCUGUGGAAGUCGUGGUGGAUGUCUCAACAGAUCAGCUCAUUCUUCAGGCAGCCUUCUAUGAUGACGGAUCCCAGGCUGCUGAUAUUGAGUCGAUGCUUCUUCAAUUUGAGUCUGAGGCUCGCGGUGUCGUGACUUCUGGAGUGCCCCAUGUCACUGUUCCACAAACGUCCCUAGUCAAUCGAGCGGAAUCCACACCACCAGUCAAUACCGCUAAUGGCACACACGAUUCUAAUGGGGAAAGGGGCAUCAGUGUAGCCCUCCACUCCGUGAGGAAGAUCAUAGCUGAGUUUUUGGGCGUUGAUCCCCAACGGCUGUGGUCGAGAACAUCAUUCAUUGCCCUGGGCCUCGAUUCUAUCAGGUCUGUAGGGCUUUCGCGAGCACUCAGGGAAGAAGGAUACCAUGUAACUGCAGCAGAACUUAUGAAGUCUGCAUGUCUGGCUGAACUAGAGUCCUUACCGAUGCUACUUCAAGAUGCUAGUCGUGCACAGUUGGAGUUGGAAGCCCGAAAUCUAUUUCAAGAACAAUGUCGUAUACUGGAGUCCCAUUUUGACGUCGCCACCUGUCGGUUUUCUGAUCGUGAUGAAGCCAGGAUACUUCCAACGACCGCUUUGCAGGCAGGCAUGUUAUCACAGACGGUUAUCUCCUCAGGCUUGCUCUAUAAUCAUGUAUUCAUGUUCAAGCUGGCAUCUUCCGUGGAGCACGCCCGUCUUCGGCAAGCUUGUCAAUCCAUUGUCACGAGCUUUGACAUCUUCAGGACAACAUUCCAUUACAUCGUCGACCUGGGGAAAUGGGCACAAGUUUCGCAUUCUGAUGCACCCAUGGUUUGGAUCGAGGUCCACCUGCACGCUGGAGAAUCUCUAGAUGCGAUGAUCAAAACUGUCACCGCAUCAACGACCGUAUCAGAGCAGGGAACGUUCAAGCCUUCAUUGGCUUUUUGUUUGGUCGAACAGCAGGAAGACGCGGGGACCAAGAACUAUUCCCUUGCAAUUGCCAUGCAUCAUGCUAUAUAUGAUGGUAUUUCCAUUGGAGCGCUGCUCGAAGAGUUGGAGCGGGCGUAUCAAGCCCAUUCUUCCACGAAAAUUCCCCAAUUCUAUGACGUGCUUCCUUUGAUACUACGGGAAGAACAUCAAAGCAUUCCCUUUUGGGUCCAACAUCUGCAAGAUUUUCGUCCUGUUCCACUACCUCGCGCGGAGUCUAGUACACAGCCUUCAUCGGUCGUCUAUUCUCGUCGAUUGAAGCUAGACCACAAUGUCCUGAAGACGGCUGCCAGUGGUGCGGGUGUUACUCUUCAGUGUUUGGGGCAGGCAGCUUGGUCAAAGUUCAUCUCAUCAAAAGUGUAUUCCUGGGAUGUAAUGUUCGGGCACGUUGUCUCUGGACGCUCUUUUCCAGGCUACGAAGACGUUAUUGGACCCAUGUUGAACACUAUACCGUGUCGUGUUCGUAUCAGCGAAACCACGACAAAUAGGGACUUAUUGCGUUCUAUCCAUGCAAAUAACUUGGCUGCGUUAGAGUGGCAACACGCUUCACUUCGUGACAUACAAUCCGAGACGGGGCUCUUUGAACUAUGGGACAGCAUAUUUGUGUUUCAACCUCUAAAGUCUAAAUCUUCAAGUCCUUUGUGGAGUUUGCUCAAUCCAGACGAGUCUGAAGCCAAUAUCCAGUAUCCAUUGAACUGCGAGUUUCACGAAAUGGAUGAUGGAUUUUCUGUGACGUUGGCUUGCCUGUCAAAUAUCAUGGAUCCGGAGUCUUUGGAUCAUGAAAUUUCGCGGCUUGAGGCCUUCCUCAGUACUAUUAUCUCCCAACCGAAUGCGAAGGCCGUCGCAGAUCUUCCCUUUGACAGCAGAAAACUUCCCCUCCAUAGCGAUGUGUCGACCGCCAGCAUCGCACCCCGCAGAGGAAUAGACCAUUUACCUCCUGCGUUAGUCAACGUCCUAACUUCUGUCGCCAAAUGCUCUGUCGACAAGCUGGACCCGGACAGACCAAUUGCAGCUAUUGGGAUUGACUCGAUCACAGCGAUUCAGCUCAGUGCAAAAUGUAGGGAAGCAGGAAUCGCGUUGAGCAUUGCGGAUAUUAUCGCUUGCCGUACAAUCGGUGAUUUGGCUGCCAGGGUAGUCGAAGUGGAAACACAGCCAAAGACCCAUCCACCGCAACUGGAUUAUUUAGCCCCUGAGAUCGAUUUCCAAGCUUUCGCUGACAGAUUCCCAUCCGACCGGCGCGGAGACCUCACGAUUACUCGGGCAACUUCUGGCAUGAAAUGGCUUAUCUGCGCUUGGCAAAGAAGUCAUUAUGCGCGAUUUCAACAUGUGUUCGUCUGGAGAAUGACCCAGAAAAUCGAUCCUGAACGACUACAUAGCUCGUGGACAGAGUUCAUUUCCCGACAUCCCAUUCUCAGGUCAACAUUCGUCUCCACAAAGUCUCAUUCGGACGUCCAUAUAGCGACCUUCAGUACCGACAAAAUGGAAAGCUCAUUUGCCGUUGAGCCAUUCGAUGAUUCGGCCGACAACACGGACAACCUGCAGGCGCGGAUGAACAUGAUCAUCUCUCACCCACCUCCAACUGAUGGACCUCAGGCCUACGGACUGCUUUUGAAUGGCUUGCACAACCAAUAUUUAUUGAUUAGAAUGCAUCAUUUCCAAUACGAUGCAUGGAGUCUUGCCCUUUUGAUCGAGGACCUCUCCCACAUCUACCUUGGACAACCUUCGUCGAUCACGUCAGAUUAUGAAGCGUUCAUGUCAACGUUUGCACCAACGCCAGAAAAUCUCCAGAAGCAGGAAGAUUAUUGGCGGUCCACCUUCUCACCCUCUUUCCGGCCGGCAUAUUUUCCCCAGCUCAAACCUCUCGCAGUUCGGGAUGAGAUCAUCCCUCGAACUAUCGUUAUCGCGAAGGAUGUGGUGCAUGGGGCAUCCACCCUUGAACAGCGCGCUCAGGUGCAUGGCGUGUCGCUACAGAGCGUUUUGCUGGCAUGCUGGGCAUACAUCCAAUCUUCCUAUAUGUCGCCAGAGCAAGUGACAUUUGGAUUAUGGCACGCAGGUCGAACAGGGCCUGUCAAUGAUAUUGACAGAUUGGCUUUCCCAUGCAUGAACGUGCUGCCAAUGCACACUCGUCUCGGAAGCAACAGCAUCAUAGAUGUUGCUCGUAGCAUUCAAGACGACCUACGGUUGCGCACUCCUGUCGUCCAGCAGACGGAUCUUCAAAUGAUUGACAAGUGGAUAGGAGGCACGGGUGCACCAUUGUGCAAUGUGUUUGUCAACUUGAUUAGGCCCUUGGCAUCAGACGAUGAGGAGGCCGGACUGUUCGGAUCAGUAGAUAUCGCCUACACGGUACCGGAAGACGUCUCAGAAUCCGAUCCGAAAACUGUCGACUGGAUCCCUACGUCGAAUCUUAUACAGGACGAUGUUAUGGUUGAAAUUAUUGUACACCCUUUGGAGGAUACAAUAACGAUGUCGAUCGAGAGUGCCCCAGCUAUCAUGGACACGCAACUCGCCAGGAAAGUUAUUGAUUACUGGUCAGAGAUAGUUGGAGGCCAUUGGGAGAGUGCUCCUGUCAACAUGAGGACUAUAUCAAUGUAAUGGACAGUACCCAAGU